AAGAGUAACCAAGUGAACGAGUUUAAAAAAAAGAAGAAGCGAAAGACCCCAAAAUAGAAACCAACAAAAUGUAAAGAAAAACUAAGUAAGAAAAAUUAAAAGGCACGAAUAUUAUUUAGUGUAGCUUAAUCUGGGCCAGGAGUUGCUCAAGGCUUAGGACAACUAACGACAGUGCACAGCUGACGACGAUUGCCUUGUGGCAAGCACAUUACACACACUUUUCUUCUUUUUUUCCAUAAACAGUGAGUGAGUGUGUGUGUGUGUGUCCUGUGUCCUGCAUUGAGCAAAGCACGAAAUUAAGUGCAGAUUAUCAGCAGAUUAUAUUUUAAUAGCAUUUCAAGCUGUUGCCUUUCACGACAAGCCCAAAGGACGUCGCCGACGACAACAAAAAGGACACGGCCAGCAACAAAUACAUGUGCUAGUUGUGCCCCGUUCUCUGUGUGUGUGUGUACAAGUGCGGCUUAUUACACGAUGUCUUGUGCAAGUAUUUUUUGUGUAGCUGCCCCAACUAAAGCAAACAUAAGCCCGUUAGAAAUUGAAAUCAAGUAACAAGCGCCAUUUUUAUUGCUCAGUGUUUCGAGUGUCCUUUGCCAAGUGUCGCGUGUGUCCAGCAGCAGAAAGGGAAUAAUAAGUAAAGCAAAGAAACGUAAAAGAUUUAAUUAAAACAUUAAGCAUACGCCCCGUGGCAGAGAGACAAACCAGCGCCAAAGCAACAGAACUGAAUCCAAGUGAACUGAAGAACUGGAGCGUGGCAGCCAAACUAAACAGCAGUGCGUUUUCCUUUGGCUGGGCGAAAAAACAAAUGCGUGGUACGGAAGGCAACUGUAGCGGAAGUCCAAGUUAUUAGAAGCGCAGCCAGUGCGAAAGACGAGUCUAUUAACAGAACAAACAGCCUAAAAGAAAAGAUUGAAUUGAAGGGAGCAGCAGAAGGAGACAAAAUCCUUGGCAAAUCGAAUUGCUAAGCGGCUGCCAAUGAGACGCAUGCUACACACACUGCUGUCAGCAAAGGCAUCACUGGAGCGGCUGUAGCAGCUGGUAACUGGAAGCUGGCUUAGCCGGAGCUGCAAGCAAUCGAAACAGUUGGUCGGUUUGGCGAAAGCCGAUUGAAAAUUUGCUAUAUUGACAUAAGGAAAUCGUUAGCCGGCUUAGCUAGCUGCCAGCCCUGCAGGCACAUUUAAAAUUAAAAAAUCUGCCAAAAAAAUAUAUACACACUGGCACAUAUACAUAUAUCUUUAUACAUAUAAAUAUAUAUAUAUAUGUAUCUUUGUGAAGGCAGACAAAGUGUUAUGCUAAUGCGAGUGAGUGGGCCAUGAAUAUAACAUGACUCAGGCAGCUAAGCACAGCCAAGUGAUGACAAUAAGCCCCAAGAUGAGCAGCAGCAAGCUAGAAUAGCAACGGAGUGAGACAGAGAGAGAGAGAGAGCGAGAGAGCAAAGCGUAACUAAGAGCACGAGCGAUAGAUAUUGAUAUUGAGAGUGAGAGAGCGUGUCGCAUUGAGAUGACGGAGCUGCGACGCCUGGAAUCACUGCACAAGCAGCAUUCGCUGCGCGGCGAACGUGUGCCACAUCCAAUGCUGCUGCAGCACUCGCUGGCUGAUUUGGCCGGCUGCAGCUUGAGCAGCGGCGGCAACAGCGUGGCCAGCACCACUAGCAGCAGCACAGCCACUGCCACCACAGCGCUGCACCAGCAGCAGCAACAACAACAGCAGCAGCAUCGCAACAUAGAGUUCGAUGAGCAUGACAUUUACUAUGUCUCACCUUCCAAACGAAAAUCGGGCGUGGCACCUGUUGGGCCAGCUCUGAGGCCGGCUAACGCCUACGAGGCCAACAACAAUAUGAACGGCAAUCACAAUGUGGUCACCUUCUCGGAUUAUGUGAGCGAACGUGGCGCCUCCAUCAGCAGUUCGCAUCGUGGUUCGCUGAAGCGGGGCAAGGGCCGCAGUAAUCAGUCGCUCUGCAGCUGCGAUGCCGGCGAUGAGGCGCAACUGCAGCCGGAUGCAGCGCGUCCGCUGUACGAGUACAGCUUGGAGCGACGCCGCAAGACGCACACCUACACCUGUGAGCAGAACGCACAGAUACUCAUGAGACUGGAGCGCGAACGUAAUCGUAAAUUAUCACUGACUUCCAUAGGAGGUGGCAUGGGAGCGAGCGGAAGUCAGGGCACUGGCGAGUCGCAGCUAAGCGACACGCCCAGCUUGUCGGAUGUGGACAUCAUACCGCCCGUGCCGCCGCCGCCUGCGCUCAAGCGCAAUGGCAGCAUGCGCAGCCUGCGUCUGCUGCAGCAGCUGCAGCAACAACAGCAGCAGCAUCAGCAACUGUUGCCGCUAGCUGUCAACAAGAGCAACAACAAUUUGGCUUUGGGCAUGGCCCAGCUGUGCAGCAGCGAUCUGCUUGAGGAUUGCACCAAGACGGCGCUCGAUGAUUGUGCGGCCACAUUGCUGAAGUGCGCCAACAGCGGCAACAGCAACAGCAGCGCCAACAGCAAUAUAAAUGUCAAGCCGGAUCUGUGCAAUGGCAACAGCCACGCCCACAGCCUUAAGAAGUCGCACAAGCCCAAGCACCCGCCCUUUGCCGCACACGAGGAGGACAACAUCUUUACGCCGCAUUCACAAAAAUCUGAUCCCAGUUUAUGUUUUGUGCCAGCAGCUGCCGGAGCAGCAACCGCAGCAACAGCAACUGUUGCUGCCGCGCCAAGCAAAUACAAUACAAUCGGGCCAAGCAGCGACUAUGCACGACACUUAGCCCACUAUAGCCGCUACCUGCAGAAGCAGCAUCAGCAGCAGCAAUUGGCUCACUUUCAGCAGCAGCGUUGUCGCUGCUUCUCGCAAUCGUUGCUCAACUUUCCGAUCAACCAGCAGCAGCAGCAACAACAGCCACAACAAUCAGACUCCAAGCAGAACCUGGGCGUUCUACAGCAACUGACGGAGCCAGCAGCACACAUAUUUCACACCAGCAGCAUGGACUGGACGCUGCCAAUGAAUAGUCGCAGCUUUGGCAAUUUGGUCGACAUCGAUGGCGGCAGCCGUGUGCCGUAUCAGAAAAUGCAACAAUCAUCGGCGCUGGCCUCCUCCAAUUUCACAAUGAACUCCUUCGACAGCGCCAACAGCACUGGCAUACUCAAAGAGCGCGACUCGCAGUCACAUUUGCCAUCCCAUGCCCAUCCACAUCCACAUCCACACAAUCAUCCACAUGGUCAUUCGCAUCAUUAUCAUGCACACGAUGUGGCGCAUUCGUUGCUGCAUCAUGCGGCCGUUGGCGCAAGUGGCGGCAUUCCGGCCACGCCACAGAAACAUCAUCAACUGCACUCGAGCGUCACGAGCAUCAUGCCAUGGAAGCAUCGACAGUGCCCCAGUCGCGGCUCAUCCAGUUCGGGCACAAACUCCUUUCGCUUCGAUGCGGCCAAGCAUUGGCUGGCAGUCAGCUCGAUACUCUUGAUAAUUGGCGCUGCCAGUGUGGCAGUGCCCCUGGCGCUACGUGUGGCUGCAAGUGCGCCCUUUGAGGAGCGUUUGCGCGUUGCCGUACAGCUCUUGGAUCAAGUGCCUUUAAUCGAUGGGCAUAAUGAUUUACCCUGGAAUAUACGCAAGUUCCUGCACAACAGGCUCAACGACUUCAACUUUGAUGAGGACUUGCGCAACGUGGCGCCCUGGGCGCGCAGCCACUGGAGCCACACGGAUCUAACGCGUCUGAAGAAGGGACGCAUAUCAGCGCAGUUCUGGGCAGCCUACGUGCCCUGUGAGGCACAACAUCGCGAUGCAGUGCAGCUGACGCUGGAGCAAAUUGAUGUGAUCAAAAGACUAACCGAUCGAUAUUCGCCGCAGUUAACCACCUGCACGUCGGCGCAAGACAUCAUCGAUGCUCACAAGAACCAGCAGCUGUGCUCGCUAACCGGCGUCGAGGGCGGCCACUCGCUGGGCGGCUCGUUGGCUGUGCUGCGCACCCUGUACGCAAUUGGGGUAAGGUAUAUGACGCUAACCUCCACAUGCCAUACACCGUGGGCCGACUCGAGUUAUGCGGACGCGCCAACCUUCAACAUGAAGCACGGCGGACUCACCAUAUUUGGCAAGACAAUCAUACGCGAGAUGAAUCGGCUGGGCAUGAUGGUGGAUCUGUCGCACGUCUCCAAGGGCACAAUGCGCGACGCUCUCGAGGUGAGCGAGGCUCCAGUCAUAUUCUCGCACUCCUCUGCCUACGAGCUGUGCAAUACGAGCCGCAACGUCCAGGACGACAUCCUGCAGUCGCUGGCCAAGAACGGCGGCCUCGUCAUGGUCAACUUUUAUUCAAAGUUUUUGUCCUGCAGCGACAAUUCCACGGUUCAGGAUGCAGUCGCGCAUAUUAAUCACAUUAAGCGCGUUGCUGGCAUCGAUCACGUUGGCCUCGGCGCCGGCUACGACGGCAUUAAUUACACACCCAAAGGCCUGGAGGAUGUUUCCUCGUAUCCCACUUUGUUCGCUGAACUCUUGGGCGGAGGCUGGACUAUGGACGAGCUGACCAAGUUAGCCGGGGGCAAUUUCUUGCGCGUCAUGCAGCAGGUGGAGAAGCUACGCGAUGAGAAGAAGGCGGCAGGACUGAAGCCCUACGAAGAUCAUCCCAAUUUCCGUACUGAUGAUCCAUACAACUGUACUUCCAGCUAAUUAAAUCUAAGCAGUAGCUCCAAACAGGUUGUACGAUAGACCAGUUUAG